AUGCCUCGAGCUCCGCCCCCUUUUAUGAUAAUCCUCUCUGCUAUUGCCCUGUUUGUCUGGUAUGUUGUGUGGACCAGAGAUCAUGAACGGCCUAUGACGGCGCUGUCCCAUGCCGACCGAUUCCGAUCCAAGUUUGAGGCCGAUACUCCGAUCGCGACGACCGAGAUCGUACACGGAGAACAUGUUAUGGGUAAGCUCGGAAAUGAAACCCUCAAGGCAGAGCUAGGUCGAGCAGCAUGGAAGGUUCUUCAUACCACUAUGGCGAGGUUCCCGGAUAAGCCGACCCAGGACGAAAGCGAUGCGUUGAAGAACUACCUGUACCUAUUUGCCCGUCUCUAUCCCUGUGGCGAGUGUGCCGAGCAUUUUCAGACGAUCCUCAAGAAGUAUCCGCCUCAGACAUCGUCCCGAUCAAGUGCAGCCGCCUGGGCAUGCUUCGUGCAUAAUCUGGUCAAUGAAAGGAAAGGAAAACCGAUUUUCGAUUGUUCCAAUAUUGGUGACUUCUAUGACUGUGGCUGCGGCGAUGAUGAAAAGGAGGCCAUCUCAUCCGCAGGAGCAAAAAGCAGCAGCGUCGCACAGGACAAUCCCCCCCGGCAUGAACCCGUGGAGAUUGAAGUGGAAGGGGAAACAAGAGGCGGCUGA